AUGGUUCUGUUAAGUAAUGAGGGCUUCAAGUUCACCGGUAAUAUGUUUUCUGGUGGGCAGUCUGCUACUGCUUUCAUUCCUGUGGCGGAAAAUGACCCUAAUGGUAAAGGGAAGCGGAAAGGUAAAGGGAAGACGGUUUCUAAUGGUAACAAUUCACAGGGAGAACUCAGGUCACGAAGGUAUGAUCUUUCCACUUUCGAGGCUCCGACCCCUUUGUUAAUCUACCUAGUCGCUAAACUUUUGCAAGCUUUUGGAGAGUAUGAUGAGGUCAUCGACCCGAUCCAAACCCAAACCAAGCUACCAACACUCAUAGAAGCACCCAUGACACGCUCAAGGACCAGGAGCUUAUGUGAGAAGUUCAACCUUACUGUGGAGAGCAUCUUAGACGCUCCAGAACAAGACCUUACCGACAUAAGACAUCAAGGUAUGAUUCCUUUUCCAGGUCAAGGAACUCAGGAUCUCAACAAUGCCGUGGAACUCAAGCUUGUACCGGAGCAAGGUAAAGAAACUAAAGACUUGGAGAAGAUCGAAGCUAAAGAAGUGGAGGAGAUAGAAGAUUUAAGGAUCGUCCAAACAGCCAACGAUGCCGAAGAUUACACGAAGACUGAAGGACAAGGCCACACAACUCCUCCUUGGCCGAUGCUGCGAGAACGUAAGGUAUAUUCAAUUAUAAUGUUUAAUGCAGGAACAUCCGAAGCCCCUACUUGA